ACACCCGCGGAAGGCUGCUGGGGCAAGCAGACCCUCACUGGAUUUUAAGCCUUCAGUUUGGAUCAAUAGGUUUGGGUUCUGCAAAAUGCAUCAUGUGGCGUAACCGAAGCAAAGAACCAGCCUGCUCACUGGUGGGGAAAGGACCAACCUUCAGCUUUCUCAUCAAGGCCUUGAGAUCCCGUGAAUAUUAGCCAUGUUUCAGGUCAUGUUCAAUGUGGUGACGGAGAAAGUUACCUUCACAUUGGUAGCCUGCCCCUCCAUCAUGUGGAAGGGUGUACAGACUUCCAAAGAGCUAAAUUUGCCCCACGGAUGUGACAACGGCAACUCCAAAAGAUGUCCAGCUGAAGAAGAGCUUGGGUUUGGAGAAAAUGAAGAUCAUCAGGUACUGGAUGUGAGUUAUAAAGUGCUCUGUCCUGAUGCUUAUGAUAUGGAAAACAUGACAGCGUGUCAGAAUGGCUGUGGAAACGGCACCUCUGUCACCUGUAUAGUCAUGGAUAAUAAAGAGUCGCAGAACAACACUACCUCGUUAUUGCAGAAUGGGGGAUGCAACGCCAGUAACAGCUAUGAAGGAGAAGGCCACGACAACAAAGUCAGCCCUUCCAAAAUCAUGCGGUUUUUCUCGACUCCUCGGAAAAGGUCUGGCUCCAAUGCAGAAAGGCCUCAUUCCCUGAUAGUUAUGGGGAACUCCUCCACAUGGAAUGCUUUGUCUUCCAUUAGGAAAAUGGGAUCUUUCAAGAAGUUAAAAUCUUCUGUGCUCCAAGGAAUCCAAGCCAAGGAAGACUCUGACCACUUAAACGACACCAUCUUGGAUAACGAUAUCAGAAAGCGUGUGCCAAAUGGUGCGGUGAUGAGAGUUCAUACAAAUAGGUAUUCCUACUCAGGACCUCUACAUGAUUUGCACAGCACAGUAGAUAACAGUUUGGCUUCUGACAACUCUGAGGGUGAGGAAAGCGAUGAUUCCUUCCUGCGGAAUACUCGCCGUUCACGUAGUAUCAGGCGUGCCUAUGGCAUCGGCCGCAUAAAUUUGCUGGACACUGAUCAAAUUCAGCAUCAUCAGAACAGCACCCGAGCGGUCUCCCCCAUCCUCCAGGAGUCCCAGAUUUGUGAAAUUGUGGUGAAAGACUCCGAAAGCAAUCAAGUCAUCUACAGGCGGAGCAAGAGCACAGACAACUUGAAUUUUCUGAAAAAGAGCUCGUUCAAACGGAAGUCCACCUCAAACCUCACCGACCUCAAAGUUGCAAGCGAAAAGCCAACUCCACAGAGAACCACGAGCACUUCUUCAGCCGACUCGGAGAAAGCCAACAGGAACUCGGAGCGGAGAUCAAAACGCUGGAAGAGCCCAAUUAGAGCGAAGGAUUUUGACAGAGUCUUGAAACUUGUCAGCAACGUUACUGAUGUUGCCUUGAAGAAAGACAGCCCUAAGAGCGAAACUCCGUCAUCCGGUGUGCAGAACCAGAGGACAAGAUCAAACAGCAGGUUGCACGAUGAUUAUUCACGCCGGGUGUCUAGCAACAAUGAAAAUGACAAGCGGAGGUGUCACCCUCCCAAAUGUAGCCCGGACUCUACUUUUUCUGACGCUGGUCUCCGACGAAGCUCAGAGGAAGACAGUGUUGGGGCUGACAUAUUGACCUGCAGUACCAGUAGUCACGGGAUGUCGUCCAGUGACACCCCGGAUUCAGUAUGUUCCUCACCUCCCUUUAAGGACGUUAGCCCAAUUCCUAAUGAAGUGUUUCAUGAAGACUCAGAUGGACCAAAAAGUUCCAGCCAGUUUACAUGCAGCGCUGAGCAUCCCCAUGCCCCUGCCAGACCUGCAGUUCCUAAGCCUCAGAGCCCUGGUGCUGAAAAGGUUAAGUGCAAUAUUAAUUUCCAUUGUCCGGAUCAGUGCAGCACCUUGUCGCUCAGCUCAAUGGAAAGUGAGGAGAGAGGGGAGGGGCCUUCUGCCAAGCUGGGGAAGAGCACUGUUUGUUUCCAGGACUUUGUGCAUGCCGCCUAUUACGACGAGGCGAAUGAAGACAGCGGCAUCAGCAGCCACUCUCAGCUGAGCCUCAAUUUAGCUCCCAGUGCUGAGGAAAGGAAGGAAGAGGUUGUUACUGAUGAACACUGGAAGAGGUCUUCAUCCCAAGAUGAAGAGAGGACAGACGCUCAAAAGGUCACAGCCAGGAGGUGGGGCUCUGGAAAAAGGUCUCGACCUCGGCCCCUCUCAGAUUAUGGCCAGUUGGCCAUUAGGAGUUUCUCAAUACCAGAAGAUUCUGUUGCUAUGGAGUCUCAGAUGGUGGGAUGUGCAGAUGACAAGAAUGAGCCUGGAUUGCCGUCAGCUGAAUCUGGAACCAGUACAGUAGCCAUCCAAAGAGAGCGUAAAAGAAGACCCAUCUCUGUCAUUGGUGGGGUCAGUUUCUAUGAGAACAAUCAAACCGAAGAAAUAGCCGAUCUUCUCACACAACCAGUUGAACGGCCUCCGGUGCCAGCACAUCAGGUUCCUCCUUAUAAAGGUGUCUCUGCCAGAUUCCGCCCCUUCACCUUUUCUCAAAGCACACCCAUUGGUCUGGACAGAGUUGGAUGCAGGCGGCAAAUAAAAUCAUCCAAUGGCCCUGCAGAUGGAGGUGCAGAAUCUUCUGCCUUAGUGGAUGACAAUGGUAGCGAGGAGGAUUACAGCUAUGAGGAGCUCUGCCGAGCCAGUCCUAGAUACUUGCAGCCUGGAGGGGAACAACUAGCCAUUAACGAGCUGAUAAGUGACGGGAGCAUGGUCUAUGCAGAGGCACUCUGGGAUCAUGUGACCAUGGACGAUCAGGAGCUAGCCUUCAAAGCUGGGGAUGUCAUCCAAGUCCUUGAGGCUUCCAACAAAGACUGGUGGUGGGGAAGAAGUGAAGACAAGGAAGCCUGGUUUCCAGCAAGCUUCGUCAGGCUGCGAGUCAAUCAGGAGGAACUUGCCGAAAACUGUGGUAGCCUCCAGGAUGAGGAGCAAAAUGCAGAUCCUGAGAAGCAGCGCCAAAAAAUUGCUGAAAACAAGGAUCAGAUGAGAACAAAUGUCAUUCAGGAAAUAAUGAACACAGAGCGAAUCUAUAUCAAACAUCUCAAAGACAUCUGUGAGGGGUACAUCCGACAAUGUCGAAAACACACGGGAAUGUUUACUGCAGCCCAGCUCAUCACCAUUUUUGGAAACAUCGAAGAUAUUUACAAAUUCCAAAGAAAGUUCUUGAAAGAUCUAGAGAAGCAGUACAACAAAGAAGAACCCCACCUGAGCGAAAUAGGAUCCUGCUUUCUUCAGCAUCAAGACGGCUUUGCUAUCUAUUCAGAAUACUGCAACAAUCAUCCUGGUGCCUGCAUAGAGCUAUCCAAUCUGAUGAAACAGAGCAAAUACCGGCACUUCUUCGAGGCUUGCCGCCUGCUUCAGCAAAUGAUUGAUAUUGCUAUCGAUGGUUUUCUUCUUACCCCUGUGCAGAAAAUCUGUAAAUACCCUUUACAGCUUGCAGAAUUACUCAAGUACACCACACAGGAGCACAGUGACUAUAACAACGUAAAGGCAGCCUAUGAGGCCAUGAAGAAUGUCGCCUGCUUGAUCAAUGAGCGUAAACGAAGGCUAGAAAGCAUAGACAAGAUUGCCCGCUGGCAAGUGUCCAUAGUGAGCUGGGAGGGACAAGAUAUUUUAGGCCGAAGUUCGGAAUUAAUCCACUCAGGAGAACUGACCAAAAUCUCCAAGCAAGGCAAGAGCCAGCAAAGGACUUUCUUUCUCUUCGAUCACCAACUUGUGUUCUGCAAGAAAGAUCUGUUGAGAAGGGACAUGCUGUACUACAAGGGCCGGAUUGAUAUGGACGAGGUAGAAGUGAUGGACGUAGACGAUGGCAGGGACAAGGACUUCAAUGUCAAUGUUAAAAAUGCUUUCAGAAUCAUGAAUAGGGCCACAGAAGAAGUGCAUCUAUUCUGUGGGAAAAAGCCGGGGGAUAAGAAGAGGUGGCUGGAAGCCUGUGCAAACGAGAGGAGGCGAGUGCAAGAAGAUGAAGAAAUGGGCAUGGAGAUUUCAGAAAACCAAAAGAAACAAGCCAUGCAGAAUGCGCGGAAAUCAAGACAUGGAAAGAUUAAAGGUGUUAGCUAUAGUGGAUGCCCAGUACCCCCACCACACCAGAGUUUACAUCCCAUCCAUCAGCGUCACAUCACAGUGCCCACUAGCAUUCCACAGCAGCAGGUCUUUGCCUUGGCAGAACCCAAACGGAAGCCGUCGCUUUUCUGGCAUACUUUUAACAAACUGACACCGUUCAAGAAAUGAGUGGCUGAAAGUCAGUGGACUGGAAGGACCAACACUGAAAGAGAGCAACUUGGCAGCAUGGAAUUCAUUGGAGCUGGGAAAACUGUGAAUCCUGUUGCAGAGGGGAGGAUGCGUAUCCCUCCUUAUCUUCCUCUGUAACCUUUGUUGAGGAGGCAUCUGAAUGGUUGAAUCAAAGAAGGUUGGGGAUGUAUCGUCUGAAGCAAACAUUGACUUGCAGCAAUAAAUAUUGCUGGUGAGGAGUCAGCUGUUUGGCGAUAAGGGCCAACUGCUGCCACUCUAGAACAGUGGCAUACCAUUUAUGUUGUACUUGUACCAAAGGAAUGGUUAAAAUCUCUAAAUCGUUUUUUGCCUGUCUUAAUCAUUAACUGAUGGCCAAAUUUAGAAAUAGGACGGAAAGCAUUUUUCCCUGUCGCAGCACGUUGGCAAAGAAAGGUCUCUUCGUCUUUGUGGGCAUCGGACAAGUAUGUGGAUCCCACCUUAUGACCAAAUAACUUGCUGCAAGAACUGGUGAACCUCAUUCCUUCCUUAGUUCACUGCCCGGUCCUGCUGAUUUUGCCAAAUGGCAGCGGGACUCCCUUCAAGGCCUUAACAUCUUCCUGGCAAAAAGACUGAGGAGAAUUUUAACAUGGUAACAUAAAACUGUAAAACACACAUUUUUACGUGCUGUUGCAAAUAAUGAAGGAAGGACAGAGCUGAUGCAUCUUGGAGAUGAUUCUUACCAAAAGCAAUGCUGCGCUGCACACGCGGUAUGCACUUCAAAGAAAAUAAACAUUUCUUUUUAUUUUGGUACUUGCAACCGUUGGCCUGCGAGAAUGGCCUCUGUGAUGUCUGGAAUGCUGGCACUGACGAUAUGAAAACAGAUGUUCUGUAUUUUUUAAUUACACUAAUGUGAUUUGUACAAAGAUUAACACAAAGUAACACAAAUCAGAGACUACUAACAGAGGUUUCCUUCCCUAUGUCCCCCACACAUACAUAUUCCAGCUGGCUCAUGUUAUUAUUCUUAUAAAAGGUCUGCAGAAAGGUUCUUGAGCUUGUAUGUGGUUAUCCUUGUAUAGACCAGCCAAAGAAGGUGACUCCUUAGCGGUUAUUUCUUUGUAACGUUAGGAGGAUCCUCUGCCAGGAAUGAGAUGGUAGUGUUAGAAAUGAAAUUGGAUUGAAAGAGAUUCAAAAAGGGUCAAAUGCGGCCUACCUACAGAAUGUCAAAACAAUUUCUUCUUGUUUUUAAUUUGCUCUGUUCCAUGAAAUGAAGUUGUUUUUUUAUUAUAGCUUUUACAAAAUAAUCUACCCUGACAAAACUGUUGUAAACUUAAGUUUAUGGUACACAUUUUUUCCUACUCAGUGGUUUUGUGUGAAUACAUAUACUUAUGUGCAUUAUCAACAGGAAUGGAGUAUGGCAACUUCUCUUUGCGUUUCAAAACUAGGUUCCAAAAAAUUCCCAAAGUUCUCUCAGUUUCGCAUAGUGUGCUAUUCAUCAUGGUCAUAGUAUACGUGUGGAUUAUGAAUUGUUUUUGAGUGUCACAUCCACAAUGUUUUGGUAUCUUUCAAACUAUGUAAGGACAACAGCCAAGCCAUUCUAUCACAUAGUGAAAAAUCCUUAUGUGAAAUAAGCCUUUGGCUGCAAUCAUAAACAUACUUAUUUGGAAGCAAAUCACAUUGAAAUCAGUGAAACCUCUGGGUGAAUGUGGUAAGGACUGAGGUGUUCUUUUCUAUGGCUUCUUUCUCCCUCUUGUUCUGAAGCAUGUUCUGAAGACUCCAGAAGAAACACACAACAUGCAGUUCAGUUACAACUUCAGCCCUUUUCAGUCCCAUGGAUUUUAGAGGGAAUGCUUAAAUCUUUUCCAUUGAAAUAAAUGAGUACUUAAAAGCACUGAACUUUGACUGGAUUGAACCCUCAAGUGUAUAUGUAUAAAAACUGGUGGCAGCUUCUGCAACUAUCAAUAAAGGAUAUUGUCAAUAAAAGCAUAAACUACAAAUGGUUAUAAAAGUUACACCCAGGUACAUUUGUUAUCUGAUGAUGUGUUGGAAUUCUUGCAUAUACAUUUGUCAUGUCCAUGAAAAAAACGAUCUUCUACUAACAAGCAUUUUUAACCUGAAAGGAUAUCUUUGGAAGACAAAGAUUCCUUCUGUACAUAGUUCCAAUAAUGGCUGUAAACAGGACACUGAUGCUAAACUGAAUUUCACAGCAUGUUGUGAAAUGUACUGCUUGCUUUCAAUAUUAACUUUUGUAGAUGAAAUACUUGAGAACUGGUAAAUGGAGUAAUAGUCUGGCACUGGAUUCUGAACAAUUAUUAAGUUGUUAAAAUUAGAAAAGAUUAUUACAAACAAUACCUGCACUUGUAAUAAAAAUAAAACUCCUUUGCCUGAUUACCUCUUUGGUUACCCUGUUUCUCCAAAAAUAAGACAUCCCCUGAGAAUAAGACGUAGUAGAGGUUUUGCUGAAGUUCUAAAUAUAAAGUGCUAAAUAUAAAGUGCUAAAUA